UCUCAACAACAAACACGCAUUGGCAGUCCUUAAUCAGUUGACGACCUCUGAGCUGGGCAAGUUGUUAUUAAGGUCAGGUGGAAGCAAGAAACCGCAGGGAUCCAACGCAACCACCAUCGCCUUUCCUUUUCCCCCUCACCCCAAACAAACCCGAUUCAUUCCUCUCCCCUCGUCAUUUAUUCGAAAAUGGCACACGCAACAGCGACCACCCAAAUCCCACAACAUGUCACAGCCCUACUUUCCCAUCUUACAUCACGCCCCGGCGUACAAUCCACCUUCAUCCUUUCCCGCAAAGAUGGAACCAUAAUCCAAAGCACCGGAAUCGUUGCCGCAGCACCGCCGAGAAAUAGCACGACGAGCGCGACACAGACACCGCCAGCAACGGACGACGCAAACAGUACUACUACCCCUCCUACGGAGUCAUUGGAUCCUACUUCACCCGCUGGCGCAAGCGCAGUACCAGCCCCCACCGCCCAGAAACCAUACCAGCCGUCUCAGGCGGAAGCUCUCGCGGCGCGGAUCUUUGCUUUCGUGUCGAGUGCGUCUGAGCUGGGGAUGACGCUGUCGUGUCCGCGCGCGGAGGAUAGGGAUAGCUAUCAGACUGGGUUGAACGGAGAUGGUGCGGGGAGAGACGAUGCUAGGACGGAGGGUGUGGACAGGGAGGAGGACGAUGAGGUUAAGCUGCUCCGGCUGAGGACUAAGAAGCAUGAGAUUGUGGUCGUGCCGGAUAGGAAGUAUCUCCUCUGUGUGGUGCACGAUGCUGCGCAUGCGUCCGGGGUUCGGGGGCUGCGGGGGUGCGUUCUAGGUGAUGGUUUGCUAGCAGUGGAUUUGGCGUUCACGGCUUUGAUUCUUUGGUCUUGUCUUGCAGGGUCUAUUUUAAUUUCAUUGCCGGUGUUUCUUGCUGUUUGUUGGUUCGCUGCGAGUGGUUCCUGGGCUCUUGUGUUGUUGCAUAACUAUACCCCGUUGGAAGCAAUGCAUUUUACUUGCAUAUUUGGAUCAUUUUUCCGAACGUUGAGGAUGUUGCACUAAGUGCUACGGAAGUACCGCGCUAUGAAUUUGAUUACGCUUUGGUGAUUUGGUGCCAUCGGUUAUGCAGCGGGGUGUUACCCCUCUCGCAGACAAGCUAUCGUGAUGGGGUUUCACCAGCUUAU